UUUUCUCUCUCUUGUCAAAAAAACAGGAAGUAGGUUUUGUCGACAGAUAGCUGUUAGCUGUAGUUCAGAAUGAUUUGAUGGUUCGGCGAUAGAUGACAUUUCUCAAACAGCAACGACCGACAUGAGUGGCAAAAAAGAAGUCUGUUUUGAUCCAAAAGAACACCAGCACCUACGUUACAACCCUCUGCGGGACACCUGGGUCCUGGUGUCGGCCCACCGCAUGAAGAGACCCUGGGCCGGUCAGGUAGAAAAACCUCCUGAGGAACAGAUCCCCAGAUAUGACCCCCGCAACCCACUCUGUCCUGGGAACACACGUGCAAAUGGAGAGGAAAAUCCAGACUAUGACAGCACUUUUGUUUUUGAAAAUGACUUCCCCGCUCUUCAGCCACAUGCUCCAGAUCCUGGUUCGGAUCAACAUCCAUUGUUCCAGUCUAAAGCUGCCAGGGGCGUCUGCAAGGUCAUGUGUUUCCAUCCCUGGUCUGAUGUCACCCUCCCUCUCAUGAAAAAACAAGAGGUUGUUAAGGUGAUUGACAAGUGGGUGGAACUUGUCGAAGAACUAGGUACCACAUACCCCUGGGUUCAGAUUUUUGAGAAUAAAGGAGCUAUGAUGGGUUGUUCAAAUCCACAUCCUCACUGUCAGGUGUGGGCCAGCAACUUCCUGCCUAAUGAGCCGGCUCUGUCAGACCGCUGUCAGAGAACCUACUAUCAGAAACAUGGAGAGCCACUGCUGCUGCAAUACGCCAAACAAGAGGCUGAGAAAAAGGAGCGUGUGGUGGUGGAGAGUUCUGAUUGGAUGGCGGUGGUUCCAUAUUGGGCAACAUGGCCCUACCAGACGCUGUUGUUACCACGACGACAUGUUCUCAGAAUCAAUGACCUGACAACAGAGGAGAAGGAGGGUCUGGCUGACAUUAUGAAGCGACUGUUGACCAAGUACGACAAUCUGUUUGAAAUGUCUUUCCCCUACUCCAUGGGCUGGCACGGAGCCCCAACUGGCCCCCAUUUAAAGGAAGACAACUCCCACUGGCAGCUGCAUGCUCACUACUACCCUCCUCUGCUGCGUUCAGCUACAGUUAAGAAGUUUAUGGUUGGGUAUGAGAUGCUGGCCCAGGAGCAAAGGGACCUCACCCCUGAACAGGCUGCUGAGAAGCUAAGGAACCUACCAGAGGAGCACUACAAAACCAGAGGGAACCAGGAAAAAGGAGGAGGUAAACAGGAAGUAGGAGGAAAGUGAAACACUGUGUGUGAUUACAUUAACCACAGUAUACUUGAUACGAUAUGAUACUGUAUGUAACUAACUUCUCUGAACUGGUGCAACCUGUUAAAGUGCCUUUGCAAACACAUAUUUAAGAGAUUCUUACUCGCACAAUAUCCUGUACAUGGAUAUAUUGUUAAUACAUUUGUAUGCACACAAAGCUGGUACUAGUCUUCUUACUGCAAUUAUGAAACUGACUUCAAACACAAUGUGCAAUGGAAUCCUUUCUCCAUGUUUUAGGGAGAUAAUGAGAGAACAUUAUUCUUUUCUUCUCCACCGUCCCUUCUGUUGAAUGUACACAAACUUUGUUUGUUGUUUGGUAAUGUGGGAAACCUUUCAACCACAAAGCUUUUGAUUCCAACAACACAAAGAGUUUGUUGUUUUGUUAUUUUGUUUCUUGUAAAUGUUUUUACGUGGAAAAUAAUUGAAUUCGUUAGCAGUUUGACAGCUUUCAGCCUUAAAGGUGCGAAAGUAAUGAUUGAUUUGCUAUAUCUGUGAAGAUUCGCCGUCAUCCAGGUCAAGGUUAUCCAAGGAAGGUUCAAAUCAAGGGCAACUGGACAUCUUCAACCAAGUCCAGUUGCCCUUGAAUUUAUCCUUCCUUUGAUUCAUUUGACAUAUAAAAUAAAUUAAUUUACCAAUGCCAUGUUUCCUGUUUACUUAACAGAGUCAGUAUUAUCCUGAAUUAACAUCAAGUUUUCUUCAUGGCAAUCUUAUUAGGCAGCUCCAACAGUGUUUUUUAACAUGAACAAUAUUCAGAGUUUGAAAUGCUUAAAAGACAUCGAUAAUAAAGCUGGAACAGAA